GGCAGCAGCAGCAGUGUGGACUCUGCCAAAGUCGCAGGGAGAUUCUCCAGCGGCAGCUGCCUCCUCCCUCCGCUGCCAGCCCAGAGCGGCAGCAGCAGGGUCGCUGCAGGGACGGGACCACCCGCCGGGCCGCCCCAUCCAGGCCCCAGCUUCCUCCCGGCCAGGCCAGUGCCCACCGCCGCUGUCCUGCCCUCUCCUCUGCCUCCCCGAAGCCGCCUCCAGCCUGCGCCUCCCGCGUCCGGCAGUCUGUCUGCGGCUCCCCGGGCAGCCCGGGCCUCUGUUGGUUUGCUUUCUUACUGUCAACACUUGACCCGAGAGGAAAGGGAAAGUUUUGAAAAAUGCCGAUUGCACAGCUGCUGGAACUAUGGAAGAAGAUAGAGGUGGAGCCUAUGGAGAUAGAGGUCGCCGAGGAGGAUGCUGAGGUGGACGCGGAGCCCGCCGCAGAGGACACUGCGGAAGAAGUAACCGGCAAAGUUGACGCGGCCUCGCCGGAGACCAAGGCAGCUGCGUCAGCAGAGGAAGAAGGCAUCGUGAAGGAAAUCGACAUCAGCCACCAUGUGAAAGAAGGAUUCGAAAAGGCAGACCCUUCCCAGUUUGAGCUGCUGAAAGUGUUAGGCCAGGGCUCCUACGGAAAGGUGUUCCUGGUACGGAAGGUCAAGGGGUCGGACGCCGGGCAGCUCUACGCCAUGAAGGUCCUCAAGAAAGCCACCCUGAAAGUUCGGGACCGAGUGCGGUCCAAGAUGGAGAGGGACAUCCUGGCGGAAGUGAACCACCCUUUCAUCGUGAAGCUCCAUUACGCCUUUCAGACGGAAGGAAAGCUCUACCUGAUCCUGGACUUCCUGCGCGGAGGGGACCUCUUCACCCGGCUCUCCAAGGAGGUCAUGUUCACCGAGGAGGACGUCAAGUUCUACCUGGCUGAGCUAGCCCUGGCCCUCGACCAUCUCCACGGGCUGGGCAUCAUCUACAGGGACCUGAAACCCGAGAACAUCCUCCUGGACGAAGAGGGACACAUCAAGAUCACAGAUUUCGGGCUGAGCAAGGAGGCCAUCGACCACGACAAGAGGGCGUACUCCUUCUGCGGGACCAUCGAGUACAUGGCGCCGGAGGUGGUGAACCGGCGCGGGCACACGCAGAGCGCGGACUGGUGGUCCUUCGGCGUGCUCAUGUUCGAAAUGCUCACGGGGUCCCUGCCGUUCCAGGGGAAGGACCGGAAGGAGACCAUGGCCCUCAUCCUCAAAGCCAAGCUGGGGAUGCCCCAGUUCCUCAGCAUGGAGGCGCAGGGCCUGCUGCGAGCCCUCUUCAAGCGGAACCCCUGCAACCGGCUGGGUGCUGGCAUUGACGGAGUGGAGGAGAUUAAGCGUCACCCUUUCUUUGUCACCGUAGACUGGAAUAAGCUGUACCGGAAGGAGAUCAAGCCGCCGUUCAAGCCAGCAGUGGGCAGGCCCGAGGACACCUUCCACUUCGACCCCGAGUUCACGGCGCGGACACCCACAGACUCCCCCGGCGUGCCCCCCAGCGCCAACUCGCACCACCUGUUCCGGGGAUUCAGCUUUGUGGCCUCCAGCCUGGUCCAGGAGCCCUCGCAACAAGACCUGCACACAGUUCCCGUCCACCCAAUCGUGCAGCAGCUGCACGGGAACAACGUCCACUUCACCGACGGCUACGAGAUCAAGGAGGACAUCGGGGUGGGCUCCUACUCCGUGUGCAAGCGCUGCGUGCACAAAGCCACCGACGCAGAGUACGCCGUGAAGAUCAUCGACAAGAGCAAGAGGGACCCCUCAGAAGAGAUCGAGAUCCUGCUGAGGUACGGCCAGCACCCGAACAUCAUCACCCUCAAAGACGUGUACGACGACGGCAAGUUCGUGUACCUGGUGAUGGAGCUGAUGCGGGGCGGGGAGCUGCUGGACCGCAUCCUGCGGCAGAGGUGCUUCUCGGAGCGCGAGGCCAGCGACGUGCUCUGCACCAUCGCCAAGACCAUGGACUACCUGCACUCCCAGGGGGUGGUCCACCGAGACCUGAAGCCCAGCAACAUCCUGUACGUGGACGAGUCCGGAAACCCCGAAUCCAUCCGCAUCUGCGACUUCGGGUUUGCCAAGCAGCUGCGCGCGGAGAACGGGCUGCUGAUGACGCCCUGCUACACGGCGAACUUCGUGGCCCCCGAGGUCCUGAAGCGCCAGGGGUACGACGCGGCGUGCGACAUCUGGAGCCUGGGGAUCCUGCUGUACACCAUGCUGGCGGGAUUCACCCCUUUUGCAAACGGCCCGGAUGACACCCCCGAGGAGAUCCUGGCCCGGAUCGGCAGCGGGAAGUACGCCCUCGCCGGGGGCAACUGGGACUCCAUAUCCGACGCGGCGAAAGACGUCGUGUCCAAGAUGCUCCACGUGGACCCUCACCAGCGCCUGACUGCAGUGCAAGUGCUCAAGCACCCGUGGAUUGUCAACAGAGAGUACCUGUCCCAAAACCAGCUCAGCAGGCACGACAUCCACCUGGUGAAGGGUGCGAUGGCCGCCACCUACUUCGCCCUGAACAGGACACCCCAGGCCCCGCGGCUGGAGCCGGUGCUGUCGUCCAGCCUGGCUCAGCGCAGGGGCAUGAAGAGACUGACGUCCACCCGGUUGUAGCCGGCGGGCGCCUGGCCAGCGGCCCCAGGCGGCGCCCUCUCCGCCCUCAGACACCGCACAGACAGACGCAGCCCCGUCCUCAGCCCUGGGGGCCGCAAGCGGCGUGGGCAGAGCGCGCUUCCCGCGUCUGUGUUUUCCUUCCCGGCCCGGAGAGGACCCUGAGCCGGGGGCUUCUCGGAGCCGGGCUCUGCCUCCCGCUCCCGCACCCCUCCUCCAUCCUCACGCAAACCCCGAGCUUCUCUCACCUCCCGGCGCCCCGGAGGCCCUGCGGUGUCGUCUCGGCACGCUGGCUCGGGCGUGUGCACAGCACGGCUUGCGUGCCGCGGAGAGCUGGACUCCGGCUGCGAAGCCCAGCGCUGGCCGGCCUCCUGGCGCGGCCCCGGUGGCUGAGACCACGGGAAGGACGGCGUCAGGCAGGGAUGCGCCGUGGCCGCGGCGCGGAGCCCCUGGCGGGCUGCAAGCUCCGGGCAUCUGCGGCCUCCCUCGGGCUGGGGAGGGGCACCCGGCCCCACCCACAGUAAUCCAAAGAGCCGCCUCCUCCUCCUCGCGCCCCUGCUUGCUGACUCGGACGAGGGAAGAGCCCGGCCUGGAAUCGGAUGGCCGUGUUUGCCUCGUGCCACAGUCCACGGGACUCGGGAGAGGAGCCCCCCGGGGGGCAGCCAGGCGCCCGUGUCCCCGGGGGGGCCUGUCCUCCCCUGGAGAGGUGGCGCCGGCCGCUGGGCCCCGGCUCUGGCGGUCUGGAAGCUACCGGAAGCUUCCCCGAGAGCUUCCCCGGGCUCCUGCGCCGGGCGUGCGUGCUGACCCAAAGCAGUGGUUUUGCUGUGUUCGCUUUCAGUUUUCCGGUCCGUGGAGAAACUGUGGAUGUUGGAAAAGUCGGGCUCCGUGUCCUCCGUCAGUCCCUUCUCCGUCUGCCCUGAGAGGGCGGGAGGCGCACGGCCCAGGUGCGCUGUGGGCGGUGGCGAUGCACUUUGUGGACGUGUGUUGUGCUUCGUGUUUGUGUUGCGUAGCUCUGUUCUGACAGGGACCUUUGCGUGGCGUUUGACGUUUCCCUGGGUGUGCGGUGCACACAGGAGCGGGCGUGGCGCAGACCGCCCUGCUGUGCUUUCCUGUGUCGUGGGAGCUCAUGCCCGGGUGGCAGGUGCAGCAGGGUGCCCCGCCCUCAAAGAGCGAACUCGCGGGUCCCUCAGCCUCCCAUUGGGGGAUGAGGAUGCCCCAGCCGGUCCCCAAGCCAGGGGACCCACCAGGUGGGCGGGACAGGAGGAUGACUCUCACCUGUGCCCGCUCCAGGAACAGCCCCUUCUGCGGCAAGGGCAAGCCGGUCCGGGCGGCACCUGUCGGCCACAGCCAGGAUUCCAUGGAGACGGUGGUGUCCUGCUAUUCCUCUUCCCUCCAUCUCCCUCACGCUAGCACCCAGCUCCAAAAAACACACGUGCAGCAUUCUGAAAAACAGCUCCUUAGCUUGGUCUGGUCGUGGUCAAACCUUAAAACACAAACUUGUUCCAGAAGCUUUAAUUAUUUCGUGAGGAUUUUCCUAGAGAACCUCAGAGACUCAUAAAAGUCGAGGGACAGAUUUUAUGUACCUGUUUUCCCACCGUGCCCACUGGGCGUUCCUCAUGUUUUCUCAGUAGAAAAUGCUUUUCCAAGGAUAGAAUGACUUCCACUCGUGACAGUUUUGGUUUUUAGGUCCAAAUUAUUUCACUUCUUAUUCGAAACUUAGGGAAAAGUGGAUUAAGUCCUUGGGUCACAGAUUUUUGUCCUCCUAGAAAGGAAGGAGUCAUUUCCGCUUGCUACUUGUCCAUCUCUGCCCAGAGCCUGUGGCCCGGCCUUGAUCGCGUGUUUUUGGGCUUAAAGUCCUGAGAUCCGAGGAGGGAGAGAGCUGAGGAGGGGGAGUAAAAGCUGCUGGGAAGUGGUUGUUCCCCCCACGGCUGCAGCCCCUCCUCUUCCUCAGCAGUCCCCGCCCACGUCACGUGGCCUUACUUCUGAACUGAGAGUGCCAAAGGGACCCAGGGCUCUGCCACACCACUGUCAUUCCGCCCACUCCACGUCGUCUGCCUGGGGGGGGGUAACAUACCUCUCCUUUGCCCCCUUAUCCAGAACAACGUGAUACUUGAAACCCUUCGAAGAGAGUCCGCCUAAAGAUAGGGUGUCGUAUUUUAAGCAAAGUCCCCCAAACCCCCGAAUGUGAAGGCGUGCGCCAUGCACACGGCGGCGGGCGCGCAGACGGAGGUGUUAUUGCAGUUUGCACUUACCCGGCACGGGCACCCCACGCCUAGUGCCAGGCUCCGUGUGAUUUGCACGGGUGACAUGGACUUCCAGAAGGUCGAAUAGCUUUGCCUGCUCACUCGGAUAAUCCCCACCACCCCCAGAUGAUAAAACCGCAGCGUGUGCGGGAGCAUAGGAGCAGAGAUCUCAGGAUGCCCAGCCCCCCUCCACACCCCCGCUGAGUACUCCCUCCCUUCGGGGCACCACCCACAGGUCCUCCCUCCCCACGUGGGAGAAGCACCCGCUUCACCCCAUAAGCAGGGGCUUUGCCGGUUCCACCCCCAAAGUGGCAUGUGGGCAAGAGGUGAGGCUCUCACUUGCACCCUUAAGUCAGACUUGUCCGUGAUUUUAAACUAACUGUGUGUGUGUGUGUGUUGGCGUUUGGAAGACCACUCCACUUUUGAGUGGCGACAGCACUUAAUGUCAGUCAGUAUUGUCGACUAAAUGGUGUUCCCGCUGAAGCCGCACGUGGGAUCUUCGCCUCGCGCUUCGCUGGCUCUCGAGCACGCGAUAGAGUUUGAUUUGCGCUGCGUGUCUUCUGACGCGGUUUGUGGCCCCUCGCCUUGCCAGGAGUCCGGCGAGCUCUAGAACCGAGGGCGCGGCAGGGUCCUGAGCGGUGAGGAAGGGCGGGCGGCCCGGCCGGGCGGCAGCGCCCGGGAGCAGGGUCUCGCGCCCGCCCGCCCGCCCGCCGGGCCAGCACGCUUCUCGGCCGGCUCCUCCGACUCAGCACUUUGUUUACAAGCUCAGCAGUUACGUUUACAGGUCGGUUUUGUGCUCGCGCUUUGUAUUUCCUGUUUGAGAUGGGCGGCCACUGUACAGAUAUUUAUUACGCUUUCCAGACUUUCCGAAUAGAUUUUUUUGAAUAAACAUGGUUUUAUGAAGUG